AAAAAUAUGAAUUCAGAAAUCAGUUACUAUGGAGUUUUUAUACCUUCCGAUUAUAAUAAGCAGAUUGAUAACGAUAGCUGUGAUCCGGUUUUUUCAAGUAUUCAUGUAUACACAGAAAAAGAAGAUGCUUUAAAAAUAGUCAAACAAUCGAAGAAAGCACGUUUUAAAGUCUUUAAAACACGAGGUGAAGCAGAAAAUUUUGCAUUGAAUGGUUCCGAACAAGUUCAUAGUGAACUUGAAGUGAAAAAUGUUAUUGUCGGUGAAAAACCAAUACAAUUUCGUGGUCCAACAUCACAAGAUCUCGUAAAAUUAAGGAAAAUGAUUGAAAAUGGUGAUAUUGAAUUGUUUAAAAAAACUAUUUGGGAUAAUCCAAGAUAUUUAAUUAGUAGUGGUGAUACACCGUCAAUUUUAAAAGAAGGUUACCGCUAUAAUUCAUUGCAUGUAGCGGCAAUUUCGUUAAAUGCCUCUAUAUGUGAUGUAAUAUUACAAACAGUAUCGAGUCCAGAGUUUAUUCAGUUAUUAUAUGGAGAAGAUAACUUAGAAAUAUGUCAAGAAAGAGCCAAUAUUUUACUAGAUUUAUAUUUAAAUACACCAGAUAAAGGUUUAAAUGAAACACCAUUACAUUUUGCUGUUAAAUAUGGUGGAGCUGAUUGUGUGGAAGUUUUAACGUCUUAUGUACAAUGUGAUAAAAAUUUAAAAAAUCAAUAUGGCCUAUACCCAAAAGAUAUAAUUUGCCAAAGAUGCACGAAAGAUGAUCCAGUAUUACGUAAAAGAAUUGCAACUUUAUUAGAAGAACGAUAUUAUGUUCCUGUUUACCGAUCUGAAGAUGGUGUUACUGUUCCACAAAUAGGUGCUCCAUUUUCACCAGCAAGCCCACCGCAAUUAAACCAUGAUCCAAUAAGUCCACGAGUCGAAAUUCACGCUUAUGCUGGUCCAAUGAAAUUAGACGAAGCAAUCGAAUUUCGUAAAAAAUGGAAAACCCCACCAAGAUUAAUGCAAUCAUCAUUACAACGUAGAACACAGCAUGGAAUAACUCCACGUAAUCCAUUUCGACAAAUUCACGAUCCAGAAAAAGGUUUAGAGCAUAUUGGUCGUGAAUUAGCACGCGAACAAAAAAUCGAAUGGAAAGAAUAUUGGCCAUUUUUAGAAACAUUCAUUGAUCUAACAACACCUGAAGGUUUAAAUAUUCUAGAAGAACAUAUUGGUCGUAAAUAUAAAAAUGUUGUCACUCAAAUUUAUACACCACCAGAAAAAUUCGAAAAAAUUAUACCCAAAUUUGAAUAUGAAAGUGAUACUGAGAAUGAUGUUAAGGAGAUUGUUAGUCCAAUGACAGAUUUAUGUCGUGCAUUUAAAAAUUGUACAAUCACUGAUAAUUCAACAAAUUGUAUUGACCGUCAGAAAAUAUUUCGUAUUUCAAAUAAUAAUCAUGACGAUGAAAAUUUAUUUACAAAUAAUCCAAAUAUCAGUCCAUAUUUAUGUGUGGAAAAAUCCUUACAAGUAUUUGCUACACGAAUUUAUAAUAUUUUAAUAAAUACAUCGUUGGAUAAUUUAACUAUUUACUAG